AUAAAGAGACGCGGAGCAUUCAGCGUUGUAAACACGACAACACGUAUUUGUUGUCAGUUCCACCUGUCAUGUGGAAGCAGGGUCUCAUAUGGCAAGAAUAAUGGAGCUUUAUUGUGCAUUAAUUAAAAAAAUGCACUGUGCGGAAAAAAUAAUUUACUCAGAGUUUGUGACUCAUUCUUUUCUUUUCGUUUCCACAGUCUUUAUAAACAAGUAUGUUCUCUCUGUUUUAAGUUUCACGUACCCCACAGUGUUCCAAGCUUGGCAAACUUUAGUGGGAGCAGUCAUUUUUAAAUACUUGAAUGCAAAGAAAAUGCUAGAUGUUGUUCCGUUGGAUAGAUCAGCAGCUUUGCAGUUGCUGCCACACUGCGUCUUCUUUGUUGGUGGUAUUGUUGCUGGAUCGAAAGCAUUAUCGAAACUUCCUAUUCCGGUAUUUGUGAGUGUGGGUAGCCUUCCAAGAGUUUGUGUGUUCCUGCUGGACUAUGUGUCAUCAGCUAUCAAGGCUACAGCAUUGCAGCUGACUGCAGGGUUGGUUUGCUUAUUGGCAGCUACAUCUGUCAUCUUGCUGGACGUGAGUCUGCCUUUUGCAGAUUCGGGAUACACCUGGCUGUUGGCACAUGUUGUUUUCAUAACAGCUCAAAUUCUGCAUGGCAGGAUAACUGACAGUCACUACACAGAGACAGAUAAGCUGUAUUAUAGCAACAUUUUUAGUGUUGUCGUGUUGGCCCCUGCAAGCUUUUACUUGGAGGAGGCAUUCUCCGUGUUGCACUUCCGCCACAGGCGGCAGAUAAGAUUCUAUAUUGGUUGUCUGUGCAGCGGAGUGCUGGGAACAUGUCUGCAGCUAUGGGCUCCACAGACAAGGGCCGCUCCACAGGCUAAUGCUGUGGCACGUAUGGUUGCCUGCUUGUUAGCAGUGCCUGUAUUUGGACGUCAUAGUCCCGACUGGCAGACUGUGUCUGGAGUCGCAGUGAUAGGUCUCGUUUGUGCAACCAUUGUACCAUCUUUAGAUGAAGUGGAACCAAAAGAGAAACAUACAGAUUUACUAUCAGUAUGAUUGUCAAGAGGCUGAUAUUUCUCCAGAUAGAAAACUGCAUUUAUUGUACUUGACCAUAGAUGAAUUUUUUAUUUUUUUAUUUUUCUGUAAGCAGAAAUAGUCAAGACUUCUACAAAAGAACUGACAAAGACAUUUUUUUCUAUAUUUCAGUGCUCAAUUAUAAGUACUUGAUUAUUGUAUUAGGGACUAUGUUUGUUAAUAUUGAUUUUUUUGUACAUUGUGGUGCUGGAAGGCAAAACUUCAGAUUAUGAUAAAUGGAAAUCAUGUACCUUAUUAUGAGAAAUGGGAAUUAUGUACCUUAAAUUUGAGAGAAAAGUCUCCUUUCAUUUGAAACUUGCACAUUCCUCAUCCAAGCAAAACUGUUUCCUGCUAGGAUUUUGCUAUUUUGACUAAUGCAUAUCUCAUUUUGCAUUGAGUGUGGUAGGAAACUUGUAUGUUGUUUAUCACUGAGUACCGUUGUACUCUAUUGCUUCUUAUCAGACUUAUGACAGUUAUUGAAAUCACAAGAAUGGCUUCCUUUUUUAUAGAUGUAUAUGUUCCCAUAGGUUAAGAAAUGCAAGUUUUCAUUGUAAUGCUCAGAAAUGCCUGUUUUGGUUUUUUUAUCUGUAAAAGUGAAUGUAACCUAUGCUAAUGAAACUGCUGUCUUAGCUGAACUUCACUUUCCUGACGCGUAAGAAAAAUCAGUAAUUCGUAUUCCUGCAGUGAAGUUAACCUCUUUCAGAAUGCCAGAGAUAUUUGCAUCCACGCACACAUGCGCAUGCACACAGAUGCUCGCAUGCC